AAUUUAAAAAUGUCUUUUGUUUCAAUUCAAAUAAAAGGGCUGAGUAAUGUGGUUCUAGUGUUCCACAAGAAGGCUCCUCCGUUUAAAGAGAAUUCGCAGGUAAAAUUAAAUAACUUGAAUUAUAUUGAUUGCAUAUGGCCUUCUCGUAGUGCUUAUCAUGUUCAGAUUGUUCACUUUAUGUUGAUUGAUUAUGCUAUUAUGUGUCAUUGAUUCUUAUUUGUGGGGGAACAAUUGAUUUAUUAAUUGCUGUACGAAACCUAAUUGGUAUAAAUUGGGUGAAAAAUGAGCGUGGUUGGGUUUGAUUUGGGGAAUCAGAGCUGCAUUGUUGCAGUUGCUAGGCAAAGAGGGAUUGAUGUUGUACUUAAUGAUGAAUCAAAGCGUCAAACUCCUGCCUUUGUAUGCUUUGGUGAUGAGCAGCGCUUCAUUGGGACUGCAGGAGCUUUAGCCACUAUGACGAACCCUGCAAACUCUAUAUCUCAGUUUAAGCGCCUCAUCGGAAAACCUUUCUCUGAUCCGGAGUUGCAGAAGGAUAUUAAAACAGUGCCUUUUUCUGUAAUUGAAGGCCCUGAUGGGUUUCCUAUGAUUCGCGCUUGGUCUUGGAAUGAACCCAAGUACUUUACGCCAACCCAGGUUUUGGGAAUGAUGUUCUCAAAUAUGAAAGGGAUAGCUGAGAAGAAUCUGAAUACUGCAGUGGUGGAUUGCUGCAUAGGAAUUCCAGUUUAUUUUACUGAUCUUCAGAGAAGGGCUGUCAUGGAUGCGGCCACUAUCGCUGGACUUCGUCCUCUCCGUUUGAUUCAUGAAACUACAGCUGCAGCGCUAGCUUAUGGUAUAUAUAAGACGGAUUUACCAGAGACUGACCCGCUAAAUGUUGCUUUUGUUGACAUUGGCCACGCGAGCAUGCAAGUGUGCAUCGCCGGAUUUAAGAAGGGUCAGCUCAAAGUGUUGGCACAUUCUUUUGAUCAAUCUUUAGGUGGUAGAGACUUUGAUGAGGGUUUAUUUCAGCACUUCGCUGCCAAGUUUAAGGACGAGUACAAGAUUGAUGUUCUCAAGAGUGCUAGGGCUUGUCUACGGCUUAGAGCUGCCUGUGAGAAAAUGAAAAAAGUUCUUAGUGCCAACGCUGAGGCUCCGCUGAAUAUCGAAUGCUUAAUGGAAGAGAAGGAUGUUAGAGGUUAUAUCAAGAGGGACGAGUUUGAGCAGAUAAGUAUUCCAAUUUUAGAACGUGUCAAGAAACCUUUGGAAAAGGCUCUUCAAGAUGCACAAUUGGCAAUUGAUAAUAUUCACAUGGUUGAGCUAGUUGGUUCUGGUUCACGCGUGCCUGCUAUAAUCAACAUACUGACCGAGUUCUUUGGUAAGGAGCCUAGGCUUACAAUGAAUGCCAGUGAGUGUGUAGCCAGGGGUUGUACCUUGCAGUGUGCUAUUCUCAGCCCUACAUUUAAAGUGAGAGAGUUCCAGGUACAUGAGAGUUUCCCAUUUUAUAUUGCUGCAUCUUGGAAAGGUGCUGCUCUUGAUAGUCAGGAUGGGAAAGCAGAUAAUCAGCAAAGUUCUGUUGUCUUCCCUAAAGGAAAUGCCAUACCUAGUGUCAAGGCAUUGACGUUUUACAGGUCAGGAACAUUCACAAUUGAUCUACUGUAUGCUGAUGCAGGCGAGCUGCCGGUGCCUGCUAAGAUCAGUACAUACACGAUUGGUCCUUUUCAGUCUUCGACAAGUGAGCGAGCGAAGGUGAAGGUGAAAGCUCACCUAAAUCUUCAUGGGAUUGUGUCUGUUGACUCGGCUAUGCUUAUUGAGGAAGAAGAGGUAGAAAUUCCUGUCACAAAAGAACCAGCAAAGGAUGCUACGAAAAUGGAAACCGAAGCUCCUAAUGAUGCUGCUCCUCCCAGUUCAAAUGAUGCUGAUGUCAAUAUGCAAGAUGCCAGAGAAACUGCCGAUGCUUCUGGCGCUGAAAAUGGUGUUCCUGACUCAGGAGACAAGCCUACCCAGAUGGAAACAGAUAACAAGGUUGAGGCUCCAAAAAGGAAAGUAAUGAAGACAAAUCUACCUGUGGCAGAAGUUGUUUAUGGUGCAAUGGCGCCGGCAGAUGUGCAGAAAGCAGUAGAAAAGGAAUUUGAAAUGGCAUUGCAGGAUAGGGUUAUACAAGAGACCAAAGACAAGAGGAAUGCUGUUGAGUCCUAUGUGUAUGUUAUGAGAACUAAGCUUACCGAAAAAUAUCAGGAAUUUGUUACUGAUUCCGAGAGGAAAGAAUUUAUAAGAAAACUGCAAGAGGUUGAAGAUUGGUUGUAUGAAGAUGGUAAAAAUACAACAAAAGGUGUUUAUGCUGACGAACUUGAGGAGCUCAAAGAGCGUGGUGAUCCCAUUGAAGAGAGGUACAAGGAGUACACAGAAAGAGGAUCUGUUGUCGAACAACUUAUAUAUUGCAUUAAUAGCUACAGAGAGGCAGCAGUGUCAAAUGAUCUCAAAUUUGACCACAUUGACUUGUCUGUAAAGCAGAAGGUAUUGAAUGAGUGUGUAGAAGCAGACGCUUGGCUAAGAGAGAAAAAGCAGCAACAAGACUCUCUUUCUAAAUAUGUCAGCCCAGUUCUUUUGUCAGCUGAUGUGAGAAAGAAGGCAGAAGCAGUUGACAGAGUUUGCAAGCAAAUAAUGAUGAAGCCAAAACCAGCUAAACCAGCUACUCCAGAAACGUCCGUUGCCGGGCCGAUUUGGGCGGAAGGAGGAUAUCGGUUGAAGCGUCAACGGGCGGAAGAUUACAAUUUUUUUGAAAACAAACACCAUGAAGAUGCUGCAGACAUGGAGGAAGAUGUACGUGAUUAUGACAAUUUCAUUCUAAAAGCUGAAGAAGACGAAGACUUGCCAAAGGAACAGGCGGAAGAACAAAAAACAGAUAUGGAGGAGGAUUUAGAUCUGGAUACGAUGUGGGAAGAACGAAAGUGCCCGCUGCGAGGAGUUUGUGAUUUCGCUCAUUGGCGUUCUUUUGAUGAACUGCCGUGUUUGUUGGAUAUUUACUCAAUUAUCCUCAGGCCCAACGAGAAUUUCACCGGCCGUGAGAACUUGUGUUUGCGAGGCAAACUGAGCGGUACAAUUUUCACCGAGGUUAUCAAAAUCCCGGAUGAGAUCGCGGAGUCAUUUCUGAUGAGGAAACAUUAUGUUCACAGGGAGGAUCUCUACUUGUACAAGAUGAAAAAAGACGACACGGAGGCGGAGUCAGUGGAUCUGUCGGCCGACGAUGCUCGAGCUGAGAUUACUCUCUUUGGUCCUCAUCUCAGACGGUUCCCUCACUGUGAGAUUAGUAUGAUAUUGGAUGUGGGCCUAAGGUUGGAUGAUCAAGAACUCAUUCAAGGUGAGGAGGUUGAUUCUUUUGAUGCAUUCAAAGAUGGCGACAAGUUUAAUAAAGGAACUCUCUUCUUUCACGAGCUGCGUUUUCGCAUGUUUCCCUGGCUUAUGAACCGUGUCCUGCACGAACAGGUCAGGCCUAUCAAAACCUGGGGUAUGACAUUUGAUGAUGAUGGUCCUGUUGAUGUGUUUGUACGCUAUGCUAUUAUGAGUCCUGGAGCGGCUGCCGGUAUUAAAAUUAAAAUCUUGAAUAGGCCGGACGUCAGCCGUGUCCAUGGCUGUGUUUAUGCACGCCCUUGCUCUUUCAUUGGUAAAAUCCCGCUUAUCAGGGCCGAAGAAGCCGGUGUGGAACCUGAUGGGACCAUUCAGCUCAAGAGAUCACUCGUUGCUGUUCCCUCAAAUGCCUCUCUGGUCAUUGGAGUCGACCAAUUGUGUGAUCAACAUGGCCGCCUUGUUGUGUCUGCUGCCGCAACUUUCUUUGUUCCGCUCCAUGUUGGACGAUCUCAACCUAAACUUAUUGGGGAUAGUUGUCUUCAAGUUGAGGUCGAAUGGCUUCUCCACGACAUCUUUCCUAGACGUUGGAGGUACUGAGGUAGUUCCAUUGCAUCUUUAUGCAAGUUAAACCUUGAAUUUGUUGAAGCUGAUUAGAGUACCUGUCGUUGAACUAAUUUAUUUUUCGUUUUUGUGACUUAGAGACUAGCUCUGCUUAAUUAUAUGCAUCUGCCUCUUUUAUGUUAUCAAUACACUAAGAAUUUACAGAAAUCCGUGUUCCUGCAAUUUUUCUCAA